CAUUCGGAACACUCCUUUCGUUGUCAUAUUCGUGUGAACAUAAUUUUAUAACAUGUGUUUUACAACUACUUUUAGUUUUAUGUUUAAAAUAUAACAAAAUGGCAGUAAAUCGCUCUAUUCAUUGUGUGUUUCGGUAUGCAUCAAGCCCUUACAUUUUAGGGAGUGCACCGUUUACAAAAGCGACAUUCAAAAGAUACUACAGUGUUCAAAAAUGUUCAAACAAAGCCAGAUUUGACAUCUUAAGAAAUCAUCAGAUAACAAGUUCAGCUUCCACGCUGUUGCUAUCAAGAACAAAAAGCACAUCGACAGGAGUGGAUGAAAUUCUAAGCAAAGCUGCAUCAGAAAUAUCCAAAGAUGGCAGUAUCAUCAAAGAUGUGCAUUUGAAGGACAUGAUGCCAGAGCUGACUGAUGUCACUGCUCAUCUCAAUGCCCUCGGAGAGGAGUCACUGAAAAGUCUCGGUCUAGCAAAGAUGACCCCUAUUGGCAUUAUACAGCAGAUAUUGGAGAUGAUACAUGUGAAUCUUGAUGUUCCAUGGAUCGGAGCCAUUGCCAUAUAUACAGUUAUUAUUAGACUUUUAUUAACUCCUAUGUAUGUGAAGUCCCGGCAAGCUUCAGUUAAAACUUCAAAUCACCAUGAGGUAACGAGUGCAUUAUAUGAGAAAAUCAGAAGAGCUACACUAAAGGGAGACGACUUAACAGCUAGAGAAUACAAGGCAGAAUUGAAGGAGUACCAAGCAAGGCAUGGAAUACAGACAUAUAAACAAUUCCUCCCAUUAUUGGUUCAGUCCGCUGUGUUUAUCCCAACGUUCAUGGGUCUGCGAGGAAUGGCGGAACUCCCGGUGGAGAGCAUGAAGACGGGCGGCAUCCUGUGGUUCCAGGACCUGACCCAGGCCGACCCGUAUUACGGCCUGGCCGCACUGACCAGUCUUACCUUGGCGACCAUUGUGAGGGUUGGAGCUGAGAAUCCCAAUACUACAGCAAUAGCCAGGAAGACGGGAAUGGUCCUAUCUGGAAUUUCGUUUUUAUUUGUUAUGAACUUCCCUGCGGCUCUUGGAUGCUACUGGGUGACCACUAACUUCAUUUCCCUGUUUCAAGCCUUUUUGUUUACAUUGAAACCUGUCAAGAAAUUUUUCAAUAUUCCGGAAAUUGUCCAAGUUGCUCCACAAAACAACAAAGGGAACAAAAGUUUAAGAGAAAUCUACCAAGAUUUGAAAGAAGAUUCUGCUCGUAAAUCUAAAAUGUCAAAUGAGGAGGCCCUAAGAGACUUUGAGCGUAUUCAUGCCAUUGAGAUGGAAAAGGCAGGAAAAGGACCGAUACCCGUCACAUACAAAAACAAUCCGAAACUGAAGAAGAAAAAACAGCUAGACCGACAAAGUGUUAAACUGUGAAAUCAUCUUUAAUACAUGUACAUUUGGUAAUCUGUGAAUCCAGAAACCCACUGACAGUUGUUUUACAUGUGAUUUCACAUGAAGAUUUACAUUGUAUCUGAUUCAAUGUAUUUUAUGGCUUUUGUGAAUGAGGUUUGAGUGCUAGUAAAGAUGUCAAGAGUA